UGCAAAAUAUAGUCAAGAUAACAGAUGGACAAUUAUAAAUACGCAUUACCAUUCUACUCGUGCUGGAAAAUAAUUGAAAAUCGAUACGUAUGUUUGAAAUAUGUACGCUUCAAUGAAAAAAUUAUUAAGUUUUAGCUGGUACGUUUGUAAAAGAAGUACACAAGAGCGCGAUAUACGCCUCAUAAUUAGUCCAUCGUCCGCAAAACCUCAUUCAUAAAGCAAAAACUCUACCUACCGGUCUGCGAAAAGGAAUACUGCAACUGCGCAUGAUUAGAUUUUCUGCUACUACCAUACUACCUACACCGUAUAAGUAUGAUACUGCUAUUGACAGCAACUGCAAAGUAAUUUGGUGUAUCAUAAUCUUUGGAAGACAGAAAUCAGGGUGCACACUGCUCCAGUUGAGUUGAUUUUCAAUGGAUUAAGAGUAAUUUGCGUAUUUGCUCCACAUUAAAGUAAACGCAGCAAAAAUUUAAUAAAAAAAAAUAUUCUUUCCAUAAAAGCCUUAUACUUUGCAACGCCUGAAAUGGAACUGGAAUCGAGUAUAGCUAUUCUGCAGGAUUUACGUUUGCAGACAUUUGAUUCAAUACGUUUUGCUUCUUACCGCACGGCCUCAAAAUUGCGUUAUAUACAAAAGUCGACAAAUCUACACUUGGUCGAUAUAUGGAAUGUAAUUGAGGCAUUCCGUGAGAAUGGUUUGAAUACAUUAGAGCCACAAAGCGAAGUGAGCGUGGCAAGAUUAGAGACACUCGUUUCAUCACUCUAUCAUAACCUCAAUAAACGUCUUCCAACGGCCCAGCAAGUUCCCGUUGAUUCGAAGGCCGGCCUCUUGCUCAAUUGGCUUUUAGCAGCGUAUACAAGCGAUAAUUCUGGCAAAAUUCGCGUUUUCUCAAUCAAGGUGGCGUUGGCGACUAUGUGCUCCGGAAAAUUAGUGGAUAAAUUGAGAUAUAUUUUUUCGCAAAUAUCUGAUGGCGCUGGUCAAUUAGUACCUUGGAAAUUGGGCGAAUUUCUACGUGAAGUGUUGGCUUUGCCUGCGGCUGUAUAUGAAUCUCCUACAUUCCAUUAUAAAGACGGCUUGGAGGAGGAAAUAUUUCCAGCUGAGAAUAAGGUCACAGUGAAUGAUUUCAUGGCAACACUUAUGUCUGAACCGGGUCCAUCGUGCCUUGUUUGGUUGCCGUUGUUGCAUCGUUUGGCCACUGUUGAGACAAUUGUACAUCCGACUAUCUGUUCGGUAUGUCACAAGGAGAACUUUACGGGAUUUCGUUAUCGUUGUCAGCGGUGCCACGCCUACCAAUUAUGUCAAGAGUGUUUUUGGCACGGCAAGACAUCACUGAAUCAUCAGAAUGAUCACGAAGUCAAAGAAUAUUCGAGUUAUAAAUCGCCCAGUAAGCAGAUCGGCCAUUCGUUGCGCAAGAGCUUCCGAUGCGUGCCCGAGAAGACGACACAAGUGUUGCCACGAUUCCCCGAACAUCCCGAAAAGACUUUGAAUCUCUCGCAUAUUGUACCGCCAUCACCCCUACCAUCACACAAUGGUUUCACGGAUCCGCCACUGCUGCACGGCGGUGUGCCAGGUGGCGCACAUAGUGGUGGCCUGUUGUACGAUCGCUCCAGUACGUUAGAUUCACGUGCCACUGGACGCAGUCUUGACAGUGCCACCGGUGCUAGCAUGUCACGCAUGGCCACCGCUUCGGCCAACGAUGAGGAGCAUCGUUUAAUUGCACGCUAUGCCGCACGUCUUGCCCAGGAAAAUCGUGCUCCGGUCAAUGCUGGUAACGUUGAUAACGCCAGUAGUAUCGGUUCGGAUAAUUCGCGUGCGCAACGUGAACUUAUCGCUCAACUGGAAUCCAAAAAUAAAGAGAUAAUGCGUGAAAUAGCCAGACUUCGUCGUCAACAAGAAGUUGAGCAAAUCACACCAGAAAAUCCGGCGCUUAUAAAUGAGCUACGCGCAUUGCGUCAACGCAAGGGUGAGCUGGAAGGUCAUUUGGGCGCAUUGCAGGACUCGCGUCGUCAACUAAUGGAACAGUUGGAAGGACUCAUGCGUAUGCUAAAGAAUCAGCAAACAACCUCACCUCGCUCCACACCCAAUUCCAGUCCACGUUCGGGCAAAUCACCACCCAUGCCCGGUGGCAUAGGUGCCGUAAAUGCAAUUGUGGGCGGUGCUAAUUCACUUAAUAUUGCUGCAAUGCAUUCGCAACAAGGCCAAGCACCGGCACAUUCUUUAAUUGGCAUGGCAGGCGCUGGUGGUGGCGGAGGCGGCCGCCCUUCGCAGCAACAAUUGCUGCAGGCACAACAGACUGGCGCGUUACAAGGCUCACAACAACAACAACAGUCAUUCAAUACAAGCCAACUGGAGCAAUUGAAUCAAAUAAGCAAUGAAGUGCGUUCAGCAUUUACAGGCAACACGAGCUCAAACUUUGAUGAAUCGCAGACUUAUAGCAAUGAAUGGAACGUCAAGACAAAUGCGAGUAAUCACUGGCAGGAACAGUUUGCCCAAUGGCGUUUACAAUUUCAAAAUGACUAAAAGCCAACCAAGGAAUACCAAGAAUAUAAUAAAAGUGACGGCGGCGGCGUUUACGUUUACAUUUUUUUUUACUAAGAUUUAUUUAAACAACAAUCAAGUCUUUACAACUACUUACAAAGGAGGAAAAGUUAAUAAAAAAUGAAUUAAAAUACUAUAAAAUGCCGAAAUAAAAUUAUAUACAUAAAUGCUACAUUAUAUUACGUGAGGGAACUAUUUAUUUACUUUAAUUUAACUAUAAAUGUGCGAACUUGAACUUGAAUUUGAUUUUAGUAUGGUUUUUGAGUGUUAUAUUUAAAGUUUUUUUUUGUCUCUUGUUUUGUUUGAUAAACGAAUGCUAACUUAAUUGCAAGUGGUAACAACAUGUACUUACUUAUAACUUAUAAUUCUAAUAAUUGAGCAGUAAAAAAAGCAAAAAACUAAAUACUUGUAAUAAAUUAAGACAAGCUAAAAUAAAGACUCAUAAAGAAAUACUACAA